AUGCCGAAACUUCUUAUAAAGCUCUGUUGUUGUCUUAGGCCCCAGCAAUGCAAAAGUAAGGUUUAUUUGACCUAUUUAGGUAUUUUUUUAUUAUUAUUCUCAUUUCAGAGGUGAACUCGGAGUGUGAAAGACAGCCAAACGUUCAAAAUGGGUCAAGUGGCACGGUGACCACUCCCACAUCCAUCAUAACCCAAGCUACGAAGGAAGUUGACACAUUUCCUGGUCCUAUUAUCAAGAAAACACAAAGUUUGGAUGAUUCCACCCAGAAUAACAAUGCCGGUAUUGUUCAGGCUAAUGGACAAAGCAAUGACAAUGUCCUUGUGGCUAGCAAUCGAAUCCAAAGGCCGCCGGUUAAUCAAGUAUGUUGAUUUUGAAUUUUUUUCUAUUUUUGUUUAGAUUACGUUACUCCCUCCGCUGCAUCCAUUAGAGUCCAAAAAGAAGUGUCUGAUUGUUGAUCUGGACGAAACCCUGGUUCAUUCCUCUUUUAAGCCCGUAAAGAAUGCCGACUUUGUGAUUCCGGUAGAGAUUGACAAUGUGGUUCAUCAAGUGCAUGUUCUCAAAAGACCUCAUACCGAUACCUUCUUAGAACGUAUCGGGGAAUUAUUCGAGUGUGUUCUUUUCACAGCUAGUCUUGACAUGUAUGCCGACCCUGUGGCUAAUUUAUUGGAUCGAAAGGGUGUCUUCAAAGCGAGGCUAUUCCGAGAAGCUUGUGUUUUCUUUGCCGGGAAUUAUGUUAAAGAUCUAACACGGCUUGGAAGAGAUCUGGAUAAAGUCAUUAUCGUUGAUAAUUCUCCAAUCAGUUAUGCCUUUCAUCCAGAGAAUGCAGUAAGUUUUCCAUUAUUAAGUUAUAGUCCCUUUCUUUAUGGUGAAAAACGUAUCCUAAUGAGUUAUAGAACGCAAAUGAAAUGCAUAUUGCUUGUUUAAGAUGAAUUUGCUUGAAUUUGGCCCACUUUCGUCAUCUCAUUUUUUUGGACAAUUUAGAUUUUUUGCCACAUGAUCCGAUUCGGGAUUGUAGAAUUUUUUUCGUUUACACUAUUAUUUUAACUCUAGAUUGCGGUAAGAACCUGGUUUGACGAUCCGAACGACACGGAGCUGCUGGACAUGAUACCCUUGCUCGAACAGCUGGCCCACACUGAUGAUAUCUAUGGUGUUCUUCGCAGUUCUUUCAUGGGUGACAACUUUGCCAGAAACUACGAGUAA